CUGUACGACGGCCUCGUCCCGAAUCUCCUCAAGGAGGGCCCCCCGCUGGCGCUCUACCUGGGGAUAUACGAGGCUCUCAAGUCGCUCCUGCUGCGAAACACGGAACUAGCCCCCGUCUUUUGUUACCUCGCCGCGGGCGCAGUCGGCGAGUGCGUCGGCUCCGUCGUUCGCGUCCCCGCCGAGGCGAUCAAGUCCACGCGUCAAGCGGACGGCUCGGUCACCGUCGCCGGCGCCGUCGCCAAAAACUUUGGGGAUUGCAAAGGGCGAAGUAACCUCAUUCGCGCGUGGUCCGUCGCCGUGGUACGCGACGUCCCCUUCGGUGA